AUGCACGUACUCUCCGAGCCAGAUGUCUCCAAGGUCUUCCGCGGCCUAACCAAAGAGCAAUGCCACACCUUCAUUGAAGCCCUUGGAGGUGCCCUGAUCAGCAUUUCCCGAGAAUCCAAGCCCUCAUUCCCAGAAUCAGACAAACAAAUCCACCAACCGCUCCGCACAGUCUUCACAACCAGCAAAAACAACAGCUGCAUCUUCAUGCCAAUCUCCGACACCGUCUCAACAGGCAUCAAAGUAGUCACCGUGGCCGCAGGCGGCAUCCAAGGCGUCAUCAACGUCUUCAACCCAGAAGGCCGUCUCCAAGGCCUUCUCGCCGCAGCAGAAAUAACUGCUUUCCGCACCGCCCUAGCAACAAUGACACUCCUGGUGCGAGUAACAACCAUCCGCAAAGAUCACAUCUUAGUCCUCGGUUCUGGGCGUCAAGCAGAGUGGCAUGCCCGACUCGCUUUACUCCUGUACCCUGAUCAAGUGCGUCGCGUGAGCUUCGUGAACCGCGGCGCGAAGAGACUUGCCGAAAUUGAGCGAGACGUCAUCGCCGAGUUGCGGGGUAUUUAUCCAAACGUCGUUUUUGAGACGCUGGCUAAGGAGGGCACCGAUGAUUAUCGGCAGAGACUUGGAGAGGAACUUGCACUGGCGGAUGUCAUCUUUAGUUGUACGCCUUCGCUGGAGCCGAACUUUACGUUUGCGGAUUUGCAGAGGGCUCCGAAGCAGAGGUUUAUCUCUUUGAUUGGGUCUUAUAAGCCGCCUAUGCAUGAAAUUGAUACGGAAACGCUGCUUUCGGGUGGGAAGGUUUAUGUGGAUUCUAAGUCUGCUUGUUUGGAGGAGGCGGGGGAGUUGAUCACUGCCGGGCUUGGGGAGAAAGACUUGAUUGAGAUGGGUGAUCUUUUGGGGGAUGGAGGUGUUGUGAAUCAAACAGUGGAUGUUCCUGAGGGUAAUGUCGUGUAUAAAUGUGUUGGGAUGGGAUUGAUGGAUCUUAUUAUUGGAAAGAAGGUGCUUGAUGUCGGGGCUGAAAUGGGGCUUGGGAUACAUGUUGAUGGGUUCUAG